AUGUCGUCCGAAGAAGAAGGUGAUGUGAUCUUGGUAACGGGUGCGUCGGGAUUUGUCGGACAGCAUGUCGUCAAGUUAUUGAUGGAAAGAUGCCGAGAUGUCAGAGAAGUCCGUGCCUUCGACAUUCGGCCGUUCAAAUGGAUAAAAGAAUUAAGGGUGACUGAAACUUAUGUCGAUCUCGUGCACGUUCGAGGAGAUAUUACACAACUAUCUGACAUCCGAAAGGCUUGUAGAGGCGUCGACGCUGUCGUCCAUACAGCUGGUUAUGUGGAUGUGGGAUCUCUGCCAGACAUGGAGAAGCUGAAAGCCAUCAACAUCGUAGGUGCUGAGAAUGUUCUGAAAGCUUGCAUUGAUAAUCAUGUUACUCGACUUGUGUACACCAGUACACAAGACGUUGUUCUUGGCAUGGAACCCAUUGAGAAUGCAGAUGAGAGCAGUGUUGGCAUACCAAACACAUUUUUGUACGAAGGAUACGCUGGUACAAAGUAUGAAGCUGAGAAAAUCAUUCUCAAAGCCAAUAGCUUAAUACUUGAGAAUGGUAGAAAAUUGAAGACAUGCUCACUUCGUCCGACAACCAUGUAUGGGGAAGGUGAUAUCUAUUUCUUGCCACCUACAUUGAAAGCCAGCAAACAGCAAGGUGGUGUACUGAUGAGGAUUGGUGAUGGGAAAGCUCUAUUCCAUGCUUCGUAUGUCGGCAAUGUCGCCUGGGCUCACAUCCUGGCACUGCAGCAAUUGAAAAGACAAAGAAGUGAGGAUGACAUUUCUGGGCAGGCAUGUUUCAUUUCCGACGACACUGAACCAAUGAAUCUGUUUGAUUUCAUGGAGCCGUUUCUCCAAGCCCGAGGAUUUCGUUUAUCCCGGUAUCACAUUCCAUACUGGUUUAUGUACAUCGUAGCUUUUAUUGUUGAGUUCUUGGCGUGGUUUUUGCAGCCUUUCAGUAAGAUCAAUUUCCCCAUCAAUCGAAAUGUACUUCAUCAUAUGUGCACAUCAUGUUAUUUCAGUUACCAUGGUGCUAAAAGAUACUUGAACUAUUCGCCUCUUUUUUCUGUCGAAGAAUCGAUGGAGAGAACAGUCCGAUAUGUGAAGCGUCUUCGACUUUAA